CCCCACCACAGCUCUCGACCGAGUAUGACUUCUCCGCAGUAUAAAUACCACUACAUCUCUGCUUCUCGAUAAACUCUUCUCCAAUAAUUAUACUAAAUAUAUACAAAAUGCCCACCGACCACUUCCCCAACUUCACCUCCCAAUACAUCACCACCUCCCUCGGCGCGCGCCUCUUCGUGCGUACCAGCGCCCCCAAAUCCCCCACCUCAAAACCACCCCUCCUCCUCCUCCACGGCUUCCCCCAAACCCACCUCGAGUUCCACAGAAUCACACCCUCCCUCCUCCCCCACUUCACACUCAUCCUCCUCGAUCUUCGCGGCUACGGCGCCUCCUCCCCCGUCCCCUCCACCAAUGGCUCCGGCUACACAAAGCGCCUAAUGGGACAAGACUGCCUCUCCGUAAUGGAACAGCUCGGAUACAGCCCCGACGAGAAAUUCGCAGUGCUAGGCCACGACCGCGGCGCACGCGUCGCAUACAGACUUGCCUUCGAUAACCCCGAGCGCCUGUCCAAGGUUAUCGUGGUGGAUAUUGUGCCCACUGCGGCGAUGUUUCGCAGCUUCGGCGACGUGGGCGCCGGGUUGAAGGGGUAUCAUUGGUUAUUUCUUUCCCAGCCGGAGCCGCUCCCGGAGAGGUUUAUUGGUAGCGUUGAAGGGGGGAAGAUGUUUUUGGAGCAUUCGCUGGCGAUGUGGGCGGGGACGGGGACGCUGGAUGUUUAUGAUGCUGAGGUCAUGCGGGGGUAUAGGGAGGCGUACUGUGCUGAGGAGAAGAUCCAUGCGACGUGUGAGGAUUAUCGGGCUGGGGCGCACUUUGAUCGGGUUUAUGAUGAGGAGGAGCUGGAGAGGGGGAGGAAGAUUCAGGUUCCGGUUUUGGCAGUUUGGGGGGAGGCGGGGCUGUUUGCGAGUGCGAUGAAGGCGAAGAAGGAGGGGCCGUUGGAGGUUUGGCAGAAGUAUUGUGUUGAUGUUCGGGGGAGGGGGCUGAGUUGUGGGCAUUUCAUCCCGGAGGAGGAGCCGGAGGGCUUGGUUGAGGAGGCCUUGAAGUUUUUGCUGUAAUUACUGCCCUUCCAUCUGAGAAGUACAAUUCUAAAGAUGUGGGUGUUUCUUAAGAUAUAACGAGCAGAGCAUUAAGCAACCUUCCUGAGAUUAAUACCUUGACACUGCAGCUUCAAGCCUGUCUAUAGCAACUUUUCUUGGAUAUGUGAUUCUGGUGGUUGGUGCCGAGUACUUAAAGAGUACAUAUUCAUAUGGUAA